AUGGAACUGGGAGAGCCCAUGCAGCUUCUCUUUGCUCCUCAAUUCAAUUCGCAGGUGGAACUUGCCAUGGAGGAGAUACCCUUCAACCUGCGCCGUUUCCAGGAGAUGGAGGUACCCCGGCUCAGCUCGGCUCUGGAGCUUCGAGGCUUUCAGCCUUUCGCCGCUUUCGCCACUUUUAGGUCUGUGAAGGCCUGGAGCCCCACCUCGAGGUGCAGUGAUUUCCGAAUUGCAGAGGACUGGAUGGUGGCGACAAAGGCGCAGUCCUGCAACGAGAUCUACACCAUGGCCUACUACAUGGAUGAACAGCUCUUGGUGGACACCGGGAUGAUCAGCUGCGUGCUGAUCUCCUGCGCUUCUGCGAAAACCGCUCUGGCUUUGGCCUUCUGCUUGCGGAUGCGGGAGAUGAGGUAUGUCUUCGGCCUGACGUCCCAGGAUCAUCUGGAGUUCGCGCGAUCGACGGAUCUUUACCACGAGGUCUUCACCUAUGAAGACGUGGACUCGCUUCCAAGCAACCACACCGUGGUCUACAUGGACUUCAAGUGCGACGGGGAGCUCCGACAGAAGAUCACUCUCAGGAUGGGAACGAAUCUCAUGUACAACAUGGUCAUAGGCCCUGCCGUCUUCCAAAAGAAGAUGAAGGAUCAAGUCUUUGAAAAGCGUGCGCGAGAAGUUUUGUUUGACGAAUCCUCCUGGCGCGAGAGACGCCGGAUGGUGGCCGAGGUUACAAAGACAGGCCGAAACGAGAAGCUCAAGCAUUCCUACCAGGCUUUCAUUGACCGCAUGAAGAAGAUCAUCGCAGUAAAGCACAUCAACAGCAUGGAUGGAUUCGCGGCCAUGUAUGACAGCCUGUACAGCAACGAUGCUUGCCUGCAGUGGUGGUAG